AUGAACCGGUUGGUUUUAAACACUGGCCGGUGGAAGGAAAGGGGGCAGCACGACCGGGUUGUUCGGGCGGAGAAAGGGAAGCGGCGGCGGAAUAGGCGGAACGGAUGCAGGCGGAGGCAGGGUUGGUGGCAGUGGCGGUGGAUGGUGAUGGCGGAUGGCGGCCGCAGCGGCGGGGCGGAAGGUGACAGCGGACGGCGAAGGCGAAGGCAAAGGCAAGGAUGAGCCUGGAUCGUGAUGGCAGACAGCGGCGGCAGCGACAGUGACGGCGACAGCGGCGGCGAUAAUGGCCAGUGGACCAACGGCGGAUAUUGGCGACGGACGGUGGCUGAACUUGGCGAGUGUAUGAGGGGCGGCGGCGGAUGA